GUUGUUGGUAAAAAGGCAGAGUAGGAAGUCUGACAGAGACGCGGACUACCGUCGAUGUUAGGACUUGUUGCUGUUUGUGUUUCUGACCACAAUGUUUGGCAGCAAUGAGGUGAAUGAGAAACACGCGUCGAAGGGUCCCAGCAGCAGGAGACGCUGUCAGUGAUGUCCAGAUCUUAGCGACAGACUGAACCUCCAUCCCAUAAUGGACUCCAAGAAAACGGGCAUGCUGCGGCAUCUCCGCCACAAGAUGCUACCGCAUCUUCGGCGAAGCAAGAUGAGCAAACUCGACGGCCAGAUGGAUCACUCCAGUGACCAUCGAAUUAGUUCCUCCGUUCCCGACGUCAGAGACAUGAAGCAGGAAUAUCCUCGUGGCUCCUCCGUGGCUCGGCUCCAGCAGAACGUUUCCAGCUACAGCAACCCCUCCACUCCACUUGUUAGGUCAGCCAGACGCCAGGGAGGAGCUGGGAGUGGCCUGAACACAGGACUAGGUGGUAGUAGUGGUGAAACUAGGAGGAGUGAACCCAGACUGAAUGUGCCUGCGGACUGCAUAGACUGGGCUUCCUCUCAGGAGUCAUUCAGCAGUCUCUGUGGAGAGGAGAGGAGCUCUGCAGACACAUACUACAGAUCUGUUCAAGGCAUGGAGCCCGAGGAGUUGGCAAUGCCCGAGACAAUGCACAUCUACAACCCAGAUGUCCCCUCUUUGGACACUUCCCAGGACAGCUCACAGCAUGAUAACUACGACCACAACGGUCACAUGGUAAAUGACGGAGACAGACAAAAUUGUGAAAUGGGCAACGAAACGGUGAGCGUGUCGGAGAACAUCCGAGAUCCUCCCAGGUCCUUCCUGCUCACCAUCAACCUGAAGGAAGGACGCAACCUGGUCAUCCGGGACCGCUGUGGCACCAGCGACCCUUAUGUGAAAUUCAAAAUGGACGGAAAAACAUUCUACAAAAGCAAAGUGGUUUAUAAAAACCUUAAUCCGACGUGGAACGAGACCUUUUCUUUACCGGUGAAGGAUCUGAAUCAGAAACUUUAUAUAAAGGUGUACGACCGCGACCUGACAACUGAUGACUUCAUGGGUUCAGCCAGCGUCCUCCUGAGCAAUCUGGAGAUUGACAAGGUCAAUGAGCUGUCGUUGCCCUUGAACGACCCAAACAGCCUGGGGGAGGACAUGGGCAACGUGCUGGUGGACAUGAGUCUGUCACUCAGAAAUAGAGACAGUAAAAGAGGAAACAAGUGGCCCCAUGCACGAAAACGAAGUAGUAGGUUAGCAGGGAGUCCUCAAAGCUUUCGUUUGUCAGAAACGCUGAAAAAGAGUCAGCUGUGGACCUCCGUUGUGACAGUGACUCUGGUUGAGGGUCGGGAUCUGCCCCUGGACUCUCAGGGAGGGCAGUUAUUCGUUCGCUUCAGACUGGGAGAGCAGCAGUACAAGAGCAAGAAUCACUGCAAAGUGCCCAAUCCUCAGUGGAGAGAGAGGUUCACCCUCAACCGGUUCUUGGACAGUCCAGACAUCCUGGAGGUGGAGCUCUGCUCAAAGGAAGGAAGGCGGUCUGAGGAGUGCUUGCAGACGUGGGAAGUGAACCUUUCCAGGGUCCCCUUCAAUCAGAGGCAGCUGUUCACACACUCAGUGUCUCAGGGGAGGGGACGCUUGGUCUUCCUGGUUACCCUGAACAAGAGCAGCGGCGUCUCUAUCUCCGACCUUUGUGCCGCACCACUUGAUGAACCUCAAGAACGACGGAACCAACUGGACAACUACCAUUUGAAAAGAUCCCUCAACAACCUCCGUGAUGUGGGAUUCCUUCAAGUGAAAGUUGUCAAGGCCGUAGAUCUGCUGGCUGCCGAUUUGAAUGGCAAGAGUGACCCUUUCUGUGUGCUGGAACUGGGGAACGACAGACUGCAGACGCACACCAUCUAUAAGAGCCUCAACCCAGAGUGGAAUAAAGUCUUCACGUUCCCCGUCAAAGACAUUCACGACGUUCUGGUGGUGACCAUCUUCGAUGAUGAUGGAGACAAGGCGCCAGACUUCCUGGGAAAAGUCGCCAUUCCCCUGCUCUCGAUCCGCAGGGGACAACAGAUCACCUUACCGCUGAAGAAAGAGGACUUAGGUGGGCUGUCGAAGGGAACCAUCACUCUGCAGCUGGAGGUUAUUUUUAACCCCAUCAGAGCGAGUGUAAGAACCUUCCAGCCCAGAGAGCGGCGGUACAUGGAGGAUAACCCCAAAUUUUCCAAGAAGGCUCUGGCCAGGAACGUGAUGCGCGUUCAGGCGCUGUACAGGGCUAUCAUGUCGACUCUGCAUUACAUCAAAAGCUGCUUCCAGUGGGAGAGUGUUCAGAGGAGCCUGCUAGCCUUCCUGGUAUUUCUGCUGACAGUGUGGUACUGGGAGUUUUACAUGCUGCCUUUCUUCCUGGUUCUGCUGAUCUCGUGGAACUACCUCCAGAUCCGCUCUGGACGCGUCAGCCAGGACGUGGACAGCAUGGAUUUGGCAGAUGAGGAUGAAGAUGAUGAGAAGGAGUCUGAGAGGAAAGGGCUAAUAGAGAAAAUCCACAUGGUCCAAGAAACCAUCAUCACCCUCCAAAACCUGCUGGAUGAGAUCGCCUGUUUUGGGGAGAGGAUUAAAAACACUUUCAACUGGUCUGUGCCGUUCCUGUCGGGCCUGGCUCUGCUGAUCUUUGUCACUGUUGCCGUCCUCACAUACUACAUACCUGUACGCUACAUAGUUUUAAUAUGGGGUAUCAAUAAAUUCACCAAGAAAUUACGGAACCCGUACAGCAUUGACAACAAUGAAGUGCUUGACUUCCUGUCGAGGGUGCCUUCAGAUGUGCAGAAGGUUCAGUACAGUGAGCUGAGAUGCAACAGAAAGAGGAAAAUCCUGUAGAAUUCACUGAAGAAGGAAGACAGUACGCGCGUUGGACUCGAUGCUGCUGCCGCUGCAUGUGGGCUUCUUAUCUGACAACACUUUCCUGUGGACGGGAGAACUGCUGGAGCUCUGCGAAGUUUCACUCCGUGUUGGUUUCAGGGUGCAGAGGAGGUACGAAUCUCAGCUGCCUGCGUCAACGCACAGCUCGGCCAAAGAAGCUCUCACGUCACCACACACUUAACCGAUGUUUUCUACCGAUGCAUUUCUCCGGCAGCUUGUGCUGUCGUUUCUAAAGACUGUAGGUGAAUUCUUCUGUGCACAUUUUGCUUUUUAAGAUUAUCAAUCAGAAGCUGCUUUGUUUUAUAUUCUUGACUCCAGGCUGUGUCACCCUGGAAUCAAAUGAAAUAUCAGUUUGUAUUAUGCUGAAUGUAUUUGUCUAGUAUGCAACAUGCAUGUGUAUAUUUUUAUGUAAUUGUAACAUGACACUUAUGAAGACAUUUAUUCCAAAAUGGAUUAUUUUCCAUUUAACAAACCUUCUUGUUACUGGGGUAAAAGUAAAUUUCGUUUUGUUUUACUACUGAUAUUAAUGUGUCGGUAAGAUGUAACUGUAAUAACAAGGUACUUGUGGUUUUAAAUAUUAACAAUUUCAGGUUUUCAAUAGAGAACAUUUUCUGUGUCUCUGUUCAGGUUAGCAGUAAUAUUGCCUUUAAACUGAUAAAGGACUAUGGGCAUACACCCCAAUAUAUUUCAACAUCCCAAUACAGACGUUGUUUUAAACAUGCAAUAUGAGUGCCUGUAUUUAUGUUUUAGAUUGUUUUCCAUCAUCCUGUAUGGGAGGAUGCACCUACUCUGUUAAACUUUACAUUUCUGGUGUGUGUUGUACACACCUGACUGUAUUUAUUAUUAACAAUCACUGAUGAAGACAAUGAGUCAUUCAUUUCUAACAGCAAUAAAUGCGCACACCAACACUG